AUGCUUGAAACCUUCCUUCAGCAAAAUGAAAUUAAUUGGUUAAUUCGUACAACAGAUGAUGUUCACAUCGAUCAGUUCGAUAUGAUAAAAUACAUGAACGAUUUAGAAUCUAUGUACAAUCCGAUCAAUGAUACUGUCAUAAGAGGCCAUUUUAUUGAACCUUUUUACCUUCAUGGUGGUCCUGGAUGGAUAAUGUCACGGAAAGCCUGUGUACUAACUCUGAGAUACAUUAAACAAAAAAUUAAGCAAUCUAAAUUAUAUAAUGGAGGAGAUGACAUAUUUUUAGGAUAUAUCUUUAAAAAAAUCUUUAAGAAAUCAAGAAAAAUUCACUCUUAUGCUAUAAAUGGCGCUCCAUUAAGUACUGAAGCCAAAAAACGUUUGGCAGCUAGAGAUUUUCGAAAUCUUCCUGAUUGUCCAGAAAAUGUCAUGAAUCAUUUCCGAAAUAUUGUUAUAAAUCAUGCAGGCGACAACUCUUUAGAUGUAAUUACAAAAAGGCAUAUAUUCAACAAAAUAAUUCCAGAUGAUGUUUAUUUGUUUGUUCCUCCAGAGAGAACUGGAGAGGCAGAACUUUGCUACUCCAAAAACGCCACUAUUCCUAUUAUUUGA